GACGAAGUUGGAGGUUCAAACUUCUCAAAAAAAGUACGGAACUUUUCUAUCAAGUUUAAAUUUUUAAUUUUCAUAAUUAUUUCUAAUUCGAUUUAAUCUCUUUCAUCAAGAUCAAGCGAAGCGCUGGCUGUGAGUACCGUACUGUUGGUAUAAAUCAAGAAUAAGUUAUUAAAUUUUAAUUUUCUACGAAUUCGACACCUAUUCUACACUUAUUAAGCUUUCGUCUUGGAAUGAGACUAUAGAACCCACUGCUCAAAGAAGGGAAUACUGUCAUGAUGGCUACUCGUUGGGGAAUAAUAUCUGCUGGUAAAAUCGCCAGUGAUUUUGUUACCGCCAUGAAGAGUCUUCCUUCAGAAGAUCACACUAUUAUUGGUGUUGCUGCCCGUGACAAAGGAAGAGCAGAACAGUUUGCAAAACAGCACAAAAUACCUCUCGCUUUUGGAUCUUACCAAGAACUCCUUGAUAAUUCUGACAUAGAGGUUGUGUACAUUGGAGUUUUGCAUCCAUAUCAUUUUGAAGUAGCUAAAAUGAGUCUGGAACACGGCAAAUCUGUUUUGUGUGAAAAACCGCUUUGUAUGAACUUGAAAGAAACCAAACUACUUGUAGAGGUAGCCAAGAAGAAAAAGCUGUUUCUGAUGGAGGCUGUAUGGAGUAGAUGUUUGCCAGCUUAUGGAUAUUUGAGACAGUUACUUCUCGACAAAUCAAUAGGGGAUCCCCUCUUUCUGGACGUCUCAUUUGGAGCCAAGAUCGAUGUUGACAGAAUAUGGAAGAAGGAGCUCGGUGGAGGCACAGUGCUAGAUCUAGGCAUAUACACACUUCAGAUGGCAAUGCUAGUGUUUGGAGGUCAGCCGUCGUCUGUUGUUGCGGCAGGUCAUCUCAACACGGAAGGGGUGGAUGUAGACUCUGUCACUGUGUUGACUUACCCCGCCGGAGGAACAGCUGUUUGCUCCACCCACAGCAAAGUGCAACUACCUAACACUGCUCACAUUGUGGGGACCAAAGGAACCAUCACUAUCCACUCACCCUUCUGGUCGGCAACCAAGAUCAUGUUUUCUCCACAGAAGGGGAAAACAGAAGAAAAGGAAUUUUCUCUGCCAGAAAGUAAAGGCUCGUUCAAUUUUGUCAACAGCGUUGGUCUUAGUUACGAAGCAGCAGAGGUGCGAAGAUGUCUCAGAGAAGGACUAAAGGAGAGCCCAUUGGUAACCCAUGAAGACAGUCUUACACUAGCAAGACUUGAAGAUGAAGUGAGAAGACAGUUAAAAGUAUUCUAUCCUCAAGAUGACUGAUAAGAUAAAAUAUUCGUAGAGUUUUUGGAAGGCUUUUAGUUUUAACAAUUAACUUCGUAAGAAGUUCAUGGAUCUAAAAUAAAUUUAAUUUGUGGCUGAACAUCAAAGGUACAUUACAAAAUUUUUGUUAACAAUACAAAAAAGACACCGAUUAGUAAUAAUUUUGUUAAGUACAGGGUGUUUAAAAAAUUACUUUACAACUUUUAAAAUUCAUAUAAAAUAAAUUAAACAAGGUACAGAGCUGGUUUUGGUGUUGUUUUAAAGGGAGGGAAACACAUCAAGUUUUGACCCCCGUAAUUCACCAGUGCCUAAUAAUGCCGCAUAAGCCACACAAGCGCUAGCGGCAGUUACGUUGAAAAUGGAUGUGUUAACUGAACCAGAGUGUGCUAGCUGUGUGUUUUGGUUUGAAGAAUCGAAGUUGACGACAACAGUUAAGCGUAAUUUUCUGACCAAAUAGGUUAAAGAUCCUCCUUGGGGCAGUGAAAAUCGAAAUGAAACAUUGCAGCAUGUUUGUGAUAGCCCUGAAAUGAAAGUUUUUUGUGCGUUGAGCAAGUGGGAAAUGUACGCCCCUCUUUUCCAAGAGAGAACCAUCAGCGGGAUAGUGUACCUUGAUACGAUGCAACAAUUUUUGAUGUCAAAGAUCAAUGAUGACGACCGAGAACAAAAUGUUUACUUCAUGCAAGACGGCGCACCACCACACUAUCUGACACGUCCGGGAUUUUCUCAAUGACCACUUUCCAGAUCAAUGGAUUGGCCAUGAUGCGCCAAUUGCAUGCCCCUCCCCCCCCCCGUUCCCCUGACCUGACACGGCUAGAUUUUUAUCUUCUUGGGUUUCAUGAAAGACAAGGUGUAUGUACCUCCUUUGACGGCCACUCUACCUGAAGUUAGAGCAAGAAUUAACGCUGCCGCUGAGUGUGAAUUAACACCUCAAAUGCUAGUGCGGGUCUGGGAAAAAAUCUACUACCAAUGGGAUGUCUGCAGGAUAACCAAACAGAAUCCACCUAUAAAAUCUUGAAGUGUUUUCCUUUAAAACAACACCAAAACCAGCUCUGUACCUUGUUUCAUUAAAUUUAUAUGAGUUUUCAAAUUUGUAAAGUCCAUUUUUAAACUUUUCAUUAAUAAAUAAGAACAAGAAGCCAAGUUUCUUAACAAAAAUGUUUUAACAGGAACUGUCAGUAAAGAACUAAGUUUUCCAUUGUUUAUGUAUUGUUAAUUAGUUUAAGUAUGAAAAUUAUUGUUCUAGUGAUUGUUGAAAAUAAAUUUAUAUUCUUGUCAA